CAGACGUGCGAGCGAUUCCAAUUCGAAAACGGCAUCAUUUGUGCAACGAACACAACAGCUUGCACUGUUUUCUCAGCUCUAUUUUACAUGCCGUUGUGGUUUUAGUUACGUUUUACUCGUGCGUUCUGAUAAAAAGAGAAUGAAUCCGGCCGACUUCGAUAUAGUGGCAAAGCACGUGUACACCAAUGUGGAUAGAAUCAAUCGCUACCUCGGCCAGGCAAAGAUAGGCUCCAAAUUCCUUCCGAACGGAACCACCCCGGACCCCACCGAUGAUCUGCCGGGUGCUUUGCUAGCUCUCUCGAAGGAAGAAACUGCCGAACAGGUUAAAACGGCCAACGGAUUCGAUCCACUGGAACGCCCGAAUGAGGAUGAAAUCGACACACUCUUCGAAGCGAUCCGAUCGCGUCCUUCAUCCGGCACCAACAGCAGCAGCACCACCACCACCAGCAGCAACAACAACAACGCGAAGGUUCAGCGACAAGGAUCGUGCAAAAAGGCGACAGGCGCCGCACCCCUGCAGCAAUCACGAAUCCUUAACGAAACCAAUCUCAUAGCCAACACAACGACCAACGCGAACGGCUCCUGCUCCGAUCUGACCGGACUGAUCAACAAAACGGCCAAACAACCACCGAUCGAUGUGGACGCACUGGUAGAAAAACUCCGCCAGGUGAUCGAUCUGCUCGGCACGAUCGAAAACUCCGAAAUAACGACGGUCGAUCUGGCACAGAUCCGUAACCAGUUCCGGCGCGAAUGGUCCAGCAGCGUGAAGACCUGCCGCAACGUGGACGCCUGGGUGGAGGAUUUUAAACGACAGUCGGAAGGCAGCCACGGUUCGGCAACGGUUAAGAAGGAACCACUCAUUACCAGCGAGCUGGUGAAAUCGAUGAAACAAUUACAAACGAAACUGCAUUACGCGUUGUCGGUGCGAAAGGCGGAAGUUCUGCCCGACCUGACGAAAACGCUCAGCAAGGAAGUGUUCCCGCUGUCCGAGUAUCUCGACAUGAUUGACGAAACCAUCCGACAGAAGCAGCUGUAAGAACAAACACGGAACGCUCCGGUGCUGAUAUUGUAGUCAAAGUAUUCUAAGAUAAGGUAUGUUUAACGUCGUAUGAAGCCGAUUCCUUUACCAGAUAGCUUAGCUGAGGAGAGAAACACGGGCAUAGCUUAAAUGUAAAUAGAUAUAUAUAUUUUCCUGUCAAGUACGCACGUAAAACAACAAAUAAAUUGAUUAGAAAGGUUACCCUUA